CAAUUUCUCGUUGAUCUGCGCUCAAACAGUGCAGAAAACGCACCACUUCAUAAUCCCACUUCCGCAGCUGGCCUAAUUAAUCGGAAGUAGCAACUCCAAGAAAAUCCAGCAUUCGACGGCGGCGGCGGCGGCGACGAAGAAGAUGACGAUGAAGCAAUGGCUGUUCCACCACCAGAAUCAGUCUCAGAGGAUGGCAUUCGCUGGCGUUUUCGCCAUUCUUCUCCCAAUUUUCUUCCCCCAUCUCUUCCGUCCCCUCGGCCGAGCCUCGCCGUCUCUAUUCUCUGAAUGGAUUGCUCCGAGACCAAGGCACUUGCCUCUGCUAAAAGCUGCUUUGAAUCGUCACAUUGUAAGUAGGUGCCUGUUCUUCCCAUCCUCCAUGAUCCUCUGUAAUUUAGCAUUCUUCGCUCGGUUUUCUAUCAAUUUUGGUGAAAGUAGCUGCCUUUGGUAUUGUAGCCCAUUAGACAACAGUCUGAGCUUUGGGCUCCUUUGCCUGACCAAGGAUGGAAAGCUUGUAAUGAACCAACUACUGUCUCUUGUAAGUUAUCAGUCUUCAGAAUCCAAGCAUUCAUUACCUGCAAAUUCACAAGGGUAUAUACAAGUCUUCCUGGAUGGUGGGUUAAACCAGCAAAGAAUGGGAGUGUGUGAUGCUGUUGCAGUUGCUAUGAUACUCAAUGCAACACUUGUUGUUCCGCAUCUUGAUUUGAACCCUGUUUGGCAAGAUUCAAGUUCAUUCAGCGACAUAUUUGAUGUGGAUCAUUUUAUCAAUGUUCUGAGUAAUGAAGUCAAAAUAGUUAAAGAACCACCCAGAGAGUAUAGUUGGAGCACUAGAGAGUACUAUGCGACAGGUAUACGACCUACCCGAAUCAAAACAGCUCCUGUCCAUGCUUCUGCUCAGUGGUAUCAAGAAAAUGUCUUGCCUGUACUUCAGAGCUAUGGAAUAGUGGCAAUUGCCCCCUUUUCUCAUCGCUUGGCCUUUGAUCAGCUGCCUACUCACCUCCAGCGGCUGAGAUGUAAAGUGAACUUUGAAGCACUAGCAUUUGUUCGUGAUGUCAAAGUGUUAGGAGACUUGAUUGUUAAUCGUCUUCGCAAUACCCAUCACCAAGCCUUGGGAUCAGGGUUAAGGGAAAACAUUGAUGGUUCUGGACAUGAAGGCUCAGGAAAAUACGUAGUAUUACAUCUUCGAUUCGAUAAAGAUAUGGCUGCUCACUCAGCCUGUGACUUUGGUGGAGGUAAAACUGAAAAGCUUGCUCUGGCAAAGUACCGACAAGUGCUUUGGCAGGGAAGAGUGUUGAACUCUCAGUUCACAGACAAUGAGUUAAGGAGUCAAGGGCGUUGUCCAUUAACACCUGAAGAGAUUGGGCUGCUUCUGGCAGCUUUAGGCUUCAGCAACAAUACUCGCCUCUAUCUCGCAUCCCACAAGGUCUAUGGUGGAGAAGCAAGGAUUGCUACGUUGAAGCAGUUAUUCCCUCUGAUGGAAGAUAAGAAGACUCUUGCUUCGGCAGAUGAACUGGCUAAGGUUGAAGGGAAAGCUUCUCUAUUAGCUGCAGUUGAUUAUUAUGUCAGCUUGAAGAGCGACAUAUUCAUAUCUGCUUCACCUGGAAACAUGCACAAUGCAUUGGUGGGACACAGAGCCUAUUUGAAUUUGAAGACCAUAAGGCCAAACAUGGUGCUGUUAGGGCCAUUGUUCCUGAAUAAGAGCAUGGUUUGGCCAGACUUUGAAGCUGCAGUUCUCAACGGUCACAGAAAUAGACAGGGCCAGAUUAGGCUGAGAAAGGAGAAGCAAUCCAUUUUCACCUAUCCUGCACCUGAUUGUAUGUGUAAAUCAUAACUUGCACGAUUUGUUGUUUGAAAAAAAAACAUGGGCAGUCGUGUUUGUUAGAUCAUUGAGGCCCUUCGAUCCGACAUCAUGCUUUCUGGCUUCUGCAACUUGUAUAUUCAUGCAACUGCAGCCUGCAGUUCUGUCAGUGACGGCCGUUUGUUAGAUCAUUGAGGCCCUUCGAUCCGACAUCAUGCUUUCUGGCUUCUGCAACUUGUAUAUUCAUGCAACUGCAGCCUGCAGUUCUGUCAGCGACGGCCGACGGACGUCAAGUAGCUCACUAUUUCGAUAUAUAAAUUGACAGAUUCACAAGGGUGGCAGUGGCUUAGAAACGAAGAAACUGAUUCUUGACUUCUUUCUACUAGGAGAGAAUACAUAUGUUUUAUAACGCAUUAGUUUUGAACUUCUGAUCUACUGUACUUGCAUUUUCACAUCUUUCCCCAGAGCUACAGAAAGCUAUACACACAGACACGGGCAAAAGGGGGAUAGGAAAAUAAAAUAGGCUCGAAUGAACUCCUACACGCCAGGCUUGAAAAACACAGCUGCCGCAUUUCCUGCACAGAAGUUAAAUCGACGACGAAAAAUAAAACCAAUAUGCUACAUUACUAAUCAUCUCACUCCCCACUCAAUCUGCCGUCGCCUGAGAAACUAUGGCUUGUCAACGUCUGACUUGUCCUUUUUAUCAGUACUGCUAGGAGAUGAUGAUCCACCUCCGUUCCUGCUAGCAGCUAGCUCCUUUGUUUCGACAGACGGAGGAGUUGUCUCUUUUUCUUCUUCGUCUUCUUCUUCAAUUGGAAGCACCCGCUUCGACCCUUCCAGUGCAACUCCUAGUACUAUGUUCUCCUCCAAUGAGGUAGGCCUUGCAGUUGUCGACGCAGCAGCAGCAGACUUCUCCACAACCUGCUCAGAAGGUUCACUGCUCAAAAUGGAGUUCGUUGGCGGCUUAUCAGAUGGUGGU